AUGCCUCUAGAGCAUAACAAGACCCAACCUAAGAAGAAGCGUAUCGUAGGACUCACCCUUCUGCUAUUUGUGGCACUUCUCAUCUUUGGAAGCCUAGCAGUCAUAUGUGCAUGCAUUGGUCUAUAUAUCCAUAUUAUCUCCAUGAUUCCCUUCAUCCACGUUCCCUAUAGUCAACUCGUCAUAUUAUUGGACAACCUAACCAUGACUUCGCCAUAUAUCCUUCAGCCCCAAUACACCUAUUAUGAUUUUUUCUUGUGUAGCCCCGAGCCACUCAUUCCCAUAAAGCCAUACGUGAAAAGCACCUUAGAGAUAGAGCUCCAUGCUGAGCACACUUGCCACUCCUUCAACAUCCUCCCCGAAGUUGUUUACACCCUCACUAUCAUUGUACCCUUUGAAUAUGAUACCUCCGUAUCGGUAGUCGCACCAGAAUUAGUUCCACAAUAUGUCGAUGUCUUCUUCGCGUCCAUCCCUUAUCCAGAUUAUGUCUCUGAAAUCGGGAAACGGACGUCCACGAUGCCAGUCUUUCCUAGUUCACUUAAAAGCGCAGAUUGGAAUGUUGCCCAGCUCAACUACAGUAUACCACUUACCGGUGCCGAGGUUGUGCGACUCCAGAACUCUUUCAUUGAGUACUGGGACUCUUUCACAGCUUAUAGAUUUGAGCGGAAAGCAUGUCCAGAAAACACCGUCUGCCAGGUGAGCAUUUGCUUGAACGAUCAAGGAAAGGAAUACCUUAGUUCCAGUGAUGCUAUCGUGGAUCUAGUUACGCACGUGAAGAUUCAACUCUUUGACCUAACUAACUGCAGGCCUCUCCAAGGUACUCCGAACAUCCUCCUAAACCUCCACUCCGACAGCAACUUUAUCACACGCCACAGCGCAAUCUUGGUUCCUGAUCACAUCGACAUCCAAUUUUCAAGUGGUAAAGUGGUCGGCCAAGUAUCCAACAACAUCAAAUACUACCAGGUAAGCAAGAUAUGGGGUCUCUCUGGACAGGCCAUUGCGUACUUCACGUCCGACAGAUUCUUCUAUGCAGCGCGAAUUCGCAAUGCAUUGCUGGGGUGUUUCCUGGGGAUAGUCCUAGGUGGAAUCUUGGUCUUUACCAUAGUGGUCCUCCUCUAUCAGAAGAAGCCUGUUCCCUGGAAGCUCUAUCUUUGGACCCGCAUGAUCGACAGUGACAUCGCCUGUCCCGAGGAAAGCGAGAACUUCUGCGUCAAAUAG